GGCCGGGCUGCUGAGCUUGCAAGGCGCGCGGGAAGGCACUAAGGCAGGUGUGUGACUGAGACUAGCUCAAACAUCUCGAUCAGUGAUUCUUCUUCCGUCCGAAAUGAACCAAAAACCAAACAUAGAGAUACUGAAGGAGCCUAAGGGAUUCAUCAAAGGCAUCGAACUGUUCAUCACCAUCUUUGCAUUUGCAACAGUGGCAGGCUUUGUGGGGAGUUUUCAAUUUAAAGUCAACUGUCAAGUAAAUCCACAGGAGUUACUGUCACGUGAUGUCAAGGGUAAAUUCUACUACCCAUUCAAUAGCAUAACCCUGUACACAGCUGCAGAUGGACGGUUUUGCGCUAACGAGACGGAGACUUCUGAAGAAUAUACACUAGACAUGAACUAUAAGUCGGAGUCGCAGUACUUUGUCUUCACGGGUGUGGUCUCUAUGCUGUUUGUCCUUGUUGCUCUUGUUUAUUACGUCCUAUUUGAAGAUCGAGCAAAGGAGGCAACUUCGACUGAUGUUGGUCUGUUUUCUUUCCCAGUUGUGGAUUUUGUUGUCACUAUUGUGUUGGUCAUCUUCUGGUUCACGAGUGCCAUAGCAUGGGCAUCAGCCUUGUCUGGUCUGAAAGAUGCUACAAGCAAAGAUAAAAUACUCAGUGACCACCCCACCUGUGCUAAUACAGAGGUUACUAAAUGUGCAUGGGUUUUUGGGGCCACUUACGGUGCCGCAACUGUGUCUGUGGUCUUUGGAUUCCUCAACUUUUUUGUUUGGGGCGGAAACUUGUGGUUUCUGUUUAAAGAAACACCAUGGCACAGUCCUCGGAGUUCCGGAGCAAGAGGGAAAGAAAGUGUUCCUCAGGAGCCUCCGAUACAGGAUACUCCACCAGCAUCAGCAAUUUGAGCCUUUUUUACUUGCCUGGAAGGUUAUCUGUCUCUGUGGAUUGUUUUUUCAACCAGCAUUUAGUAUUACUUGUCAUAAGAAUACCAAAAAUUUAUUUGAGUUAUUUUAUGUUUGGGUAAGGGGUUGUUUUAAAAUUUUUACAACUGGCCUGAGUUGUUCAAAAUUUGGAUAAUGCCAUCCACAGUAUAAAUGGCUAUCCAGCAGAUAGUGUGGUUUGUUUUCUUAACACUUAUCCACUGGAUAGUAAUUUAUCCAGUAGAUAUCGUUAUCCAGCCUUCGAACAAUUGGGGACUGGUUGACUAAUUUUGUUUUAAUUUGCCAUUCAAGCUUCAACAGAGAUCAAAAUCUGUUCUCUCAUCAUAAAAUCAAUGCAACAUCUCCUCUCAUAGCUGCAUAAGGCAGUGAAGUCAAUGCAUACUUGACAGUAUGUUUUAGGAGAAUGAGCAAGUGGUCAAUAUUAAUUGUUUGUUUGAAGGAUUAAUACAUAUGGGUUAUUGACCAAGUGUGAGGUCAAGAUGGCUGGAUAUUGG